AUGAAAGUUCUCGAAGAGAGGAAUGCGUUUUUAUGUGACUAUGAAGUUUUGGAAUAUUUAACAGACUUAGAAAAGAAACACCUUUGGGACCAGGAAAGUCUGGCUGCCCUCAAGAAAAACCGGUCGAAGGGUAAAAACAAUAGACCUUAUAACCACCCCGAAUUACAAGGUAUCAUUCGUAAUGUAGUAAACUACCUCAGCAUAAACAAAAAUUAUAUCAACCAGGAAGAUGAAGACGAGAAAAAGGAAAACGCUGGAGCUGAAGAUGCCGAGAGAUCGCCCAUAAGCAAAAUGAGCAAUGAAAGUUUUGGAGAGUUGAUGACUAAAUUAAACUCCUUCAAACUAUUUAAGGCGGAAAAACUACAAAUUGUUAAUCAACUUCCCGCCAAUAUGGUCCACCUCUACUCUAUAGUAGAAGAAUGUGAUGCAAGAUUUGACGAAAAGACAAUUGAGGAAAUGCUAGAAAUAAUUUCCAGCUACGCAUGA